AUGGAUGUCACCAACAUUACGCCGCAGCUCGACCACCUAGAGACUGAUCUAGAUCAGCUCGAAGACGCACUGAAGCCAUUGCUGGGAAAUCUCGGAGACAUUGCAGGCAAGCUGCCUUUGUUGGACAAAGCCAAGCUCUAUGUGCUCGCGACAUACUCGAUCGAGUCCCUUCUCUUUUCUGCUCUCCGCUUGAGUGAGGUGGACGCAAAGAACCACGCCGUCUUCAAAGAGCUCACUCGGGUCCGUCAGUACUUUGAGAAGAUCAAGAAGAUUGAGACCCCCGAGGCGGAGCGUGAGACCACGGUAGACAAGCAAGCUGCUAUCCGGUUUCUCAAGGCGGAUCUCGCCGAUAAUGCAGAAGUUAGCAAAAAGCUAAGCGAACAGCUCGCCAAAGAGAGGGCGAAGGCCGCCCUGCAAGCCAAGCAGAACCAGAAGAAACGACCGGCAGAGGAUGUGUCAACGGCAGAGGCUCGCUCUGCGGACAGACCAGGGAACGACACCACUGAGCCGCAGGAGAAGAACUCCAAGAGGACUAGACACAGCAAAUCCAAGGGAAAGAGCUGA